AUGCUCAAGCCUCCUCCGAUAAGACCUUGGACCUGCGCCAGAUGUCUUCGCCUUGAACCUCGUCGCCGCCUGGCCACCGCCGCUACUUCUGCGACUUCACAAUCCACUUCCGCCCCGCCGCUUGUGUCGCAUCAGAACCCCAGCACGUCGCACCAAGAUGCCACUCUACGCCAAAUCUUCGACUCGCAACCCUUCUGGCAGCACUUCUCUGCUCGACAGACCCAUCCAUCUCGGAAAUCGCUAGGACUCUUCCAGAACCGCUACCUCACAAAGCCCCAAGGCUUCGAGCACUUUGCCUCCAUCACUCUCGCAAAAUGCAAGCGCAUAGUCUCAAACGUCUUGGCAUACAACAGCGUCGAGCAGUACAAGAAGAUCGCAAAAGAUUUGGAUCGCUUGAGUGACUUGCUAUGUCGAGUCAUUGACCUUUGCGAUUUUGUUCGCUCCACCCACCCGGAUCGCAACAUACAAGCUGCUGCUACUCAGGCAUAUGCACAAAUGUUUGAGUACAUGAAUGUUUUAAACACGACCACUGGAUUAAAUGAUCAAUUGAAGGUGGCCCUGGCGAAUCCCGACGUCACUGCAUCAUGGAGCGAGGAGGAAAUGACCGUCGCCAACAUUUUAGCCAGGGACUUUGCAAAGUCAGCCAUCGACCUUUCCGACACUGAUCGCCAGGCUUUUGUCGAGCUUUCCAAUGAGAUUGCUGAAAUCGGUCCAGAAUUUGUGGAUCAGAUGGUUCCUGAACAGCCUCUUCUCAAGCUUCCUAGCAGCAAGCUGAAGGGCAUGGAUCCUCUGGUGGUACGCCAAUUGACCAAAUGGGGCAGUGUGUCUUUGCCUUCUAUUGGUAUGCCUGCCUCCCUCGCUCUGCGUACUGUCGAAGACGCAGACACAAGACGGGAGAUCUACAUGGCCAACCGCACAUCGGCCAGAGCAAACAUCGAGCGUCUAGAGCAUCUACUGCACAGACGCGCUGAACUUGCUCGUCUUUCUGGACACGAUUCAUUCGCGCACAUGGCUCUGUCCGAUAAGAUGGCAAAGAGCCCUGAGGCCGUGGUCAAAUUCUUGGAUGCGCUGGCUGUUGACAAUGCUCCGCGCGUGCGAUCAGAGAUACAAGAACUUCUGGAACUGAAGAGCUCUGAUGCUCGUAGUGGAAACUUUCCUGGCGAGAUUAAUGCAUGGGAUAGGGAUUACUAUCAACACCGUCUAUUGACGUCCAUGAGAUCAAAAGCCCGCACCCCUGAUGUGCUCUCAGCCUACUUCUCCCUUGGAACUGUCAUGCAAGGUUUAUCGCGCCUCUUCCACCGACUCUAUGGCAUCCGCCUAGUGCCCAAGGAAGCCGCUCCAGGCGAGACCUGGAACAAUGAUGUGCGCCGCCUAGAUGUGAUAGACGACCGCGAAGGCCACGUCGCAGUAAUAUACUGUGACCUCUUCGAGCGCGCCGGCAAAUCUCCAAAUCCCGCUCACUUCACCCUCCGCUGUUCGCGCCGCAUCCUCGCCGACGAGCUCGAAGAAGCAGAAGCUCUACGCAACGUCACCGGCGACCUCUUCGCCACAGCCCAAGAAGCAGCAACCGACGGCCUAGCCCUCAACAACUCCCCUCGCGAUAACAAUGAACUGUAUCAAUUACCCACUAUAGCAUUGAUUUGCGACUUUGCUAUUCCGCAGGGAGGAGCCAAGCAACGGCCAGCUCUGCUUACCUUCAGAGAAGUGCAGACGCUGUUCCAUGAGAUGGGUCAUGCGUUGCACUCCAUCUGCGGACGCACCGCACUCCAAAAUGUAUCUGGCACUAGGUGUGCCACCGAUUUUGCAGAACUGCCUAGUGUACUGAUGGAGCACUUUGCCUCUGCACCAGAGGUCCUCGCUCUGUAUGCCCGUCACUGGGAAACCGAUAAACCGCUAGAUGCAACAAGAGUUGCUGAAAGAGUAAAUCUGGAUACCAAGACUCAAGGUAUAGAGACCGAGGCACAACUCUUGCUGGCUAUGUUGGAUCAAAGCUACCAUUCCAAACUACCGCUCAACAAUUCCUUCUCGUCAACAAAAACCUACCACGAUAUCUGGAGCAGAUACUCUUCAAUUCCCGAACCCUCUGGUACCUCCUGGCAAGGAUUCUUCGGACACUUGUUUGGCUAUGGCGCAACUUACUAUUCGUAUCUCUUCGAUAGAGCGAUCGCAGGGAAGAUCUGGAAAGAUGUGUUUCAGAGGAGUCAGCUGGGAGGAGUGGAUCCAGGUGCUGGAGAGAGGUUGAGUGAGGAGGUGCUCAGGCAUGGUGGUGGCAGGGAUGGGUGGCAUUGUGUUGCUGGUGGUGAGGAGGCUAUGGGUAUGGUUGGGCAGUGGGGUGUCAAGGAUUGA